GUUUUCAGUAAUACAGCGAACGCUAAACAUCCACAACUUCUAAAGUAUUAUUACUUCUUCUAUUAUAAUAUAUCUAAAAGAAGUAAUUGUUCUACACCAUAGACGCUCUCAGCAGUAAAAAAAUUAACAUUACAGUAAGUAACCAUUUGGUGACGGAAAUUAUUGUAUAUUGUCGACGAGUCAACGAGAUGGGCGUACAAUUGAGAUCAAAGACCGAAGAGCCGGUGGCCGAGCCGUUGGUCGAAAACAACAAGGAAGAAGACAUGCCCGAACCGCCGAAACCGCAAAAGACACAUCACAAAUACGAAAUCUAUUGGGCCGUUGCAAUAUACUUCUUUAUUGCCCACGUGGUAGCCGUCAUCUGUGCGAUACGCUACUUAAAAACCGUGAAAUUGGCGACAAUUGUGUGGGCUAUUCUAGUAGGAUACAUUGGAGAAUUUGGCGUAACUGCAGGUGCGCACAGGUACUACUCACACAAAUCGUUCAAAGCAAAGUUACCACUACAAGUGAUACUUUUAGCUUGCUACUCAGUUGCCGGACAGAAAAGAGUGACUGCUUGGGCUUCGGACCACAGGCUGCACCAUAAGUUCAGUGACACCGAUGGUGAUCCGCACAACGCCACUCGAGGCCUGUUUUUCUCUCAUAUCGGAUGGAUUGUGCUACGUCGCCACCCCGAAGUCCAUCGUCUUAGGAAGAUUAUUGACAUGUCCGACCUGGACAAUGAUCCUUUAGUUCAAUUCCACACCAAAUAUUUUCGGGUUUUUUUUAUACUUUUGAGCCUUGUGAUUCCAAUCACUGUACCAGCGAUCUUCUGGAAUGAAAACUGGAUGGAAGCAAUUUGUAUUAGUGGAUUUUUACGAUUGGUUGUCUUUAACCACUUCGUUUUAUGUAUCAACAGCUUGGCUCACUAUUUUGGAUCCAAACCUUAUGACAAGCGCAUCAGGCCUGUGCAAAGCUUGACUGUGUCUCUUUUGACCUCCGGAGAAGGAUGGCACAACUAUCAUCAUACUUUCCCGUGGGAUUACAGUGCCCAAGAAUAUGGCGGCAACAUGGUCAAUGGUACAACGUUGCUGUUGGACAUGUUCGCCAAGAUCGGAUGGGCGUACGACCUCAAAAGGCCGUCAACAGACCUUGUCAGAAAAGUAGCUCUCAGACACGGCGAUGGAAGUUGGCAGGAAGUACCGGAUACGGAAGCUUAUUUCAAUUAGAUCAAUGCAUUUCUUUUCUACAUUACAAGACUUUUUAAACACGUUUAUUCAAGAAUGUUAUUUAAUAUUUAAUUACUACCAUCUACCAUAUAGAAUACAUAAAAACCGUAAAUGAUAUUUGGUAUUGUAAUAGCUUGGUGUAAUUUAAAUAUAUUUUUUUUUAAAUUAUUUAUAGUUUUAUGAUAUAACGCUGAUCAUUUUAUCACGAAAAAUUACAGUAAAAAAGUCAAAGGAUA